AUGGAGCUGUUCCCAGCACAGCCGGAUUUGUCCCUCCAAAUCAGCCCUCCAAACGCCAAACCCUCCUCCUCCUCCUCCACCUGGCCACGCCGGCCGGUAUCCGACGAAGACGCCGCCGCCGCCGAUUUGGGCGGGUUGUGGAAGCGAGCCCUAGACUCCAGAAACCCCACCGCCACCUCCACCUCCUUCGACCUCUUUCUCUCCGAUUCCAACCACCACCAUGGAGGAAACAGCAACGGAAAUUUCCACCACCAGCCGGCGGCGUUUCAAAACCCAAACCACCACUACCCAAUCAGCUUCCACCACCACCACCAGCAACAACAACUGCUUAGCCGGGAGUUGGGUUUCUUGAGGCCGAUUCGCGGGAUCCCACUCUACCACCAAAACCCUCCGACCACCACCGCCGGAGGCGGCGCGAGUAACCCGGCGGGGAUGAUGAUGAGGUCGAGAUUCAUGUCGUCGUCGUCCCCGCGGUUCCCGACGAAGAGGAGCAUGAGGGCGCCACGGAUGCGGUGGACCACCACCCUCCACGCCCGAUUCGUCCACGCCGUCGAACUCCUCGGCGGCCACGAGAGGGCGACGCCCAAAUCGGUGCUGGAGCUGAUGGAUGUCAAGGACCUCACUUUGGCUCAUGUUAAAUCCCAUCUCCAGAUGUACCGGACAGUAAAGACGACUGACAGAGCCGCUGCCACUUCAGGGCAAUCAGAUGUGCUAGACAACGGGUCGUCGGGGGACAAUAGUUCAGAAGAUUUGAUGCUGGACAUUCAUCACAACUCGUCGUCAUCGCGGCGGCCGGAAGUAAUGUCGAUGCAGCAGCAGCAACCGGGAAGAUCUGGCGGCGCUAGUAGUGGUGUUGGGCACCUGCAGCACGAGAAGGACUAUCAACAUGCUCUUUGGAGCAAUUCUUCUAGGGAAGCUUGGUUGCAUGGGAAAACAAAGGACUCUCCUGGAAGUUUGCCAGCUCUUGAGAAGGAAAUGGAUGCAAACUGCAUAAGAUAUGAGAGAAGGUCAGAGGCAAGUUGUUCAUCAAGCCAGCUUUUAGGGUCAAGAAGCCCCAAGAGGCCAAACUUGGAGUUCACUUUGGGCAGGCCAAAUUUGAAUUGA